AUGAAUUUUUCUGAAAAUGAAGCUGAUGACACUUCAAGUGUUGAUAGUACUUCAAACACAGACAAUACGUCCCGUAGUGAGACUCCUACCAACUCAAGAGUGAAAAAACGUCGUCGCGGCAAAAAGAAAACCACUAAGCCAGUUAAACCUCCAUACAAGUUCAAUUGCAGUGCUAAAGAAGAUCAUGGUCAACCACUAUUUGGAUGCCAGUUCAAUCAUCAUCUCGGUGAAGGAGAACCAUCAGUAUUUGCAGUAGUCGGUAGUAACAGAGUCUCAAUAUAUGAGUGCCCUGAAUCUGGAGGCUUCAAAUUCUUGCAGUGCUAUGCUGAUCCUGAUGUUGAUGAAACAUUUUACACAUGCGCUUGGUCUUACGAAGAAGACACGAUGCUUCCGCUCCUAGCCGUCGCCGGGUCACGCGGUAUCAUCCGUAUCUUCCACCCCGCCACGCAGACGUGCAUCAAACACUACGUGGGGCACGGACACGCCAUCAACGAGGUUAAGUUCCAUCCUCGAGACCCGAAUCUACUUCUGUCGGCCAGCAAGGACCACGCUCUGCGGCUUUGGAACAUUAUGACUGACGUUUGCAUAGCCAUCUUCGGCGGGGUCGAGGGCCACAGAGACGAAGUGCUCAGCGCUGACUUCGAUCUAAAAGGAGAAAGGAUAAUGUCCUGCGGGAUGGACCACUCCCUGAAACUGUGGAGGUUGGACAAGCCCUCGAUGAAUGAGGCCAUCAAACAGAGCUAUAAUUUCAAUCCGCACAGAGCGCUACGUCCCUUCAAUUCCUUGAAGGAACAUUUUCCUGAUUUUUCAACUAGAGAUAUACAUAGGAAUUACGUUGACUGCGUCAGGUGGAUGGGAGAUCUAAUUCUUUCUAAAUCGUGUGAAAACGCUAUAAUCUGCUGGAAGCCGGGCCGACUUGAGGACACGGAGCUGCGGCCCGGGGACAACUCCGUCACCAUGGUGCAUCGCUUCGACUACAAAGAGUGUGAAAUAUGGUUUAUACGAUUCGCUGUUGACUAUAGUCAAAGGGUGAUAGCUCUAGGUAAUCAGUGCGGUAAGACCAUGGUGUGGGAACUGGGGAACGUGGCUGGAGGCUCCCGAGUCUCGCAGCUCGUGCAUCCGAGAUGCGUUGCUGCGGUCAGACAGGUAACUCUCUCACGCAACGGCAAGAUCCUACUGACGUGUUGCGACGACGGCACCAUCUGGCGGUGGGACCGGGUCUCCGCCAGCAACUGA